CCCCCCAUGAGACCAGAGAAGUCAUUCCACAAUGGCUGAAAAGCCAAGUUUCUGUACGACUGUAGUUGAUACCAAUCUUGGAUUGUGGGCGAGCCCUUGUGAUCUGUGAGUGCUUUCUGAAUCUGAUGCCUUUCCCUUAUUCCUUCUCUCAUCUCUCUGUAUGCAACGGUGUGGGUUCCGCAUGGUGUUUCCCUUUAAUUUCCCCUCUUUUUUCUGUUUCUAUAUCAAGCUUAGCUUAAGGUUCAUGGGUCAUAAAUCAUAAAACUAUAAAUAACAACGCACAUUCAUUUACCAUCUAUACUAGUAUUCAUUCCUGUGUUUCUUAUCUAGUCAAGUUCUAAAAGUCCGAAAACUCUCCGCGACAUGUCAAACCAACCUGCCCCUGCUCGUCCAUGGUUCCGUUUGCCAUCAAUAGCUCGGCCAACUGCCCCUACAACAACUCCAACUCCAGAGCCACCACCUCCACAACCCCGUCCAGCUCUUGCUCGACCUGCAUUUAGGCCUGCUGCGACAGGACCACAGGCUGUAGCUGCUCCCCCACCCGAACCAGUGUCACCUGUUUCCGGUGUUGCUUCAGUUCCGACAUCUCCAGUUGCAAGAGCUGCAGGUGGUGUUGCAUCAGUACCAACAUCUCCAGCUUCAAGGGCACCUGCUCCUUCAUCUUCAGUGCCUACUUCUCCUGUCCCAACUUCCGCAGUGCUUCCACUCGCCACCUCUUCACUUCCACCUUCUCCAACCCCCAAACCAGCACCAACUUCCUCUUCGGUUCCAACCUCUCCUGCCACUAAGCCAGUGACCACCACAUCCUCAGUGCCAACUUCCCCUGCCCCUAAGCCAGUGACAACCACAUCCCCAGUGCCAACUUCUUAUGCCUCUAAGUCAGUGACAGUCACAUCCUCAGUGCAAAAUUCUCCAGCUACUAAAGCUGUAACCACCAAUGCAACUCGUGUGCCUAGCCCUGGACCAUCUCCAAGAACCAUCAAGCCAGCAGUUCAGACCCCACCUCAAUCACCAAAGCCUAAGCCCACUGCUCCACCACCUUCUCCUCUAACACUUCCACCUUCCCAAGUAAAAUCUUAUGCAGAACUCCAACCCAAGAUUCCAUUAGUUGCAGAGCAAAAAACUGUGUUGGUUCAAAAGACUUUUGACAAGCCUAAGGUGGCGCGCGAUUCACAGAGGGACUUUGCAGACAGUCUCAGCUCUGGCAUCGCUCGUCUUGCAAAGCAAGAAACUACUAAAGAUGUUCAAACAAAGGAGAAAGGUAACCGCAAGAAGAAUUCUUCAGAUUCUGAGGAUGUUGGCAUGAAGGUAAUUACAAUUGCCGGUGAAAACAAAGGUGCUUUCAUGGAAGUUAUCCGUUCUCCCAAGAAACCAGUUUUUGAAGGAACUUCUCGUUUUCUCCACAAGAAGGGUAAUCCUAAAAGUGAAGGCAGUGACAGCAGCAGUAGCGAGGAAGGCAACAGCAAGAAGAAGGACAAGAACCCCAAUGGAAAAGCAAUGGGGCCAUCUCCUUUGAGUGCAUUUAUGAACAGUAAUGUGCAAGGUGUUAACAAUUCAAUCGUUUACAAUUCUUCAUGCAGCCAUCACGAUCCUGGGGUGCAUGUUGCUCUCUCUCGAAAACCUGCUGGUGCUGCUGCAUUCCAUGUUAAGGACCAUGGCUAUGGCAACCAGAGUUGAAAAAAAAAUAAAGAAAGAAACAAAGAAGUUGUGAUUUAAUGUCUUCGAUCAUUUGGUCUCCAAUAUUAUAUACUGUGAGAAUAAAUAUAAGUAAUUGAGUGAUGAGAAGAAAAGGGCAUGGAUUCUUAUUCUUCGUUGUUGUGUUCCACUUUUUGUGGAUUAAAACGGAAGUGAGUCCAUUGCCGUGCCUUUGGUAGAGGUCAACCUAAGAUAUAUGUAUGCAUAUAUGCAAGUGGGUAUCCAAUAAGUCAGCAAGUUUGCUUUAUAUUAAUUUGCAUUUGCAUCCAUUUGUCAAUUCCUAUUGUGUGACAGUUUUACUUAAUGAAUUUACCAAACAUUUCUCUCU